AUGGAGAUCAUUCUGAAAUUCGGAUGGAUUUUUUUGGUUCUUAUGGUACUCCCUUCGAUCCUCUGUUCAACUGAAAAACCUGUUGUUUUCUGUGAUGAUAUGAUUGGAAAGUAUACGGCAUUAGCCGGAAAUCUCGUCCUCGGAUCAUAUGAAUUCCCGAUUAUGUCAACGUCAACAGGCGGUUCGAUCACUUCACUUUCAGACAAUAAUAUUCCGAAAUUAAUGCAUCCGUGCUUCUCGUUGAGUUAUGUGAAUAACUAUAAGAAUCUGAUGUUUGCUCGAUUCGAAUGUGGUGAUCGUCGCCCUCCACCGUCAUGGCUUACUGGAUCAGUUAUCGGAGCAAAACGAAAAAUAAAUUGCUCGGAUUGGGCACUGCCGUUGACUGAGAAAGGGGUUCAGGAUGGAAUAUCGCUGACAUUUACUUAUGGAACUUAUGCAUCAGGAGAUGGUAAAGAUUUGACGCCACCGUAUACUUUGGAUGAAAAAUCCAUGGAGUAUUUGGAUGGAAUGUUUAUUAAAGGUCUCCAUAUCCGUCCGAUGGUCGAUCCAGCGAAAGAGGCUGAGUCAAUGUCUGACAUUGAGUCAAUGUUCGAAUCGUUCACCCAUAGACAUCCGGAAAUUAUUCAUAUCGCUUUCGGAAAUCAAAUCACUUUCUUCGGAGACACGUAUAGAAAUCAAUCGAAAUACAUUGCUCCUAGAUUCAUUCCGACUUCCAAGUUUUGGACUAUUCUUUCGAAUGUUCCUGCUUUGAAAAGUUUAUCGUUGGCAGUGAUUCAAAUUACAGGACAGGAGAGUAUACCAGCUAACAUGACUCGAAAUCUGCAAGCAAUUGGUUUCUACAACGUGACAAUGAAGUCAAUUCCAUCCUGGAUUCAAACUGAACUUCUACAAUUUCUUGAGUUCUCAGUCACUCUUUCGGAUGAAACGGACAUCUCUGGAUUGGAUAAUCUCCCUGGACUCGAACAUUUCAUUCUGACGGAAUCUAAUCUGUCGAAUAUCAAAUCUCCAUUCUUGGCCAAAAGCUCAAAAUUGCUGUCCCUAACACUCCAAUGCAAUGCAAUCAGUUCAAUUGCUGCCGGUGCAUUCGACCAUUUGACCCAACUCAAAUUUCUGAAUUUGGCUGGAAAUCGGUUGGUCAGUCUACCAGAGAACUUGCUGAUUAACUUGAAUAACUUGGUCACAUUGGAUUUGAAAUCUCUAGAUAACUCAUCGAAUACAAUUCAAACUUACAAUGAGAUGUCUAUGCAAUGUCAAGCGAAUCUGAAGACACCAGCUACUAGAUUGAUUUUGGAUUCCAUGCCUAACGUACCUACUCCCACAAAUCUAAUGGCUCUCGAUAUACGUGGACAAGAGAAUUUCUUGAAAAAGAACAGACAACUUUUGGGAGAUUUCAAGAAUUUGGAGAACAUGUCACUUGAAGGACUCUGUAAUCUGAAUGACUUGAAUUUGGUUGGAAACCCAUUGAGUGAUAAGGAGUGGCUGGGAGAGGACAUUUUUGUGAACUUGAAUCUUCAAAGAAUCCGAAUGGGAUCUCCGAAAUCAAUGACUUCAGUUCCGGAUUCACUGAUCGCUUUCAUGAGAACUGCAUCGCAAAUCAUGUUUUCCACACCAAUUUCGUUGAAUUCUGUUGACUUGUACAGAUAUAAAAUUGGAUGUGAUUAUGAUACAAUCUCAACGGCUACAGUCUUUGGCUACCAAAUCAAAAAUUCCAGUUGUGAGAGCUAUGUGGAAGCUGCAAUUGAUAAGAUUCGGUCAAUGGAGCUACUGAAAAUGAGCACGGAAUGUCAAUGA